AUGUCAUGCGAUAAGGAAACCGAACGCACUAUGCGCCUGCGGGAAAAUAAACGUCGCAACAGAGCACGCCAGAAAGAAUAUACCGCUGAUCUCGAACGAAGACUUCGACAGUUCGAACAAGAUGGUAUCCGAGCAACCAUCGAAGUUCAAUCAGCCGCGAAGAAGGUUGCAGAGGAAAAUAGUUAUUUGCGCGAGCUACUGCUAGCGAUCGGCUUAGAUCACCCAGCGAUCAACGAGUGGGUGACUAGGAGAAGGUGCUCUAGUGAUGCGAUAGAGACAACCGAAAAUCAAUGCCGCAAACGCGCAACGCGAGAGAAGACUUGCAAUAAAGCCCAGCAAGGGGAAUCUUCUAGUGGCCCAUCAUCUCAGCCGCGAUGCUCGGCGCCCUGCACAACGAACCCUCGAGCGGACAGGUCUCUAUCCGAUGAAAGCGUUGCCAAAUUCACCGAUGGGUUAGAUGCCACCGGACAAAUUCAAGCUCACGAACAAAUCUCGGUACCGAAGGAAGAUAUAUGUAGCUCGCACAACACACGGGAAAAUGCCAAUCAUGGAGGAUCGUCGCCGAGAGAAUCGAUCAGUCCCGAAGGAAGCCCCUCGCAACCGCCAUCUGCACCCUGCAAGCUUCUAGUUCGUUUCGCCGCCAAUCCUGGUACCGAUGUCUCACAGAUCCUGGCCGGUUCGGAGAGUGGGUCAAAGUCAGACGGCGCAGACGGUGGACUGCCUUGCGAAAGCGCAUACAAGCUCUUGAUGCAGUAUGCUACCAGUGAAGAGAAACUGGAAGCUCUCGCUCGGACUCUCGAGGGAGGGUGUGUCCCGAACUCGAAGGGUGGAUGUCAGGUCAAAAAUGAGACAGUAUCGCAGGCUCUCCUGGAUAUUUGUCUUUAA